AGCAAGAGAACAUAACAUCUAUUACUCUUUUCCACCAGAAACAUCUCCCAAUAGCACCAUCAGCAAAACAUGGCGAACUCGAGUCCAGAAGUCAUGGGCGCGUCACAGCCAUCCAUUCAAAUCUCAUUCCCUCUUCCAAAAGCUCCAGAGACCAAUAUCCAUCUUCACCUGACAAUCAAUACAGUUUCAAUACUAUUGUUCCUCACAACGGCAUUAAAUGGCGAUACUUCCACUGCACCACCUCUAGGUUCAUUCGUCUAUGCGCUCCCCAAUAGAACGAAUGCUAGUCAGCCACUUUCUACACCCUUGUGUGUCUACGAAUCCUCAGUCGAGUUCACGACCCGUCUUGCAAAAUUGUUAGCGCGAAAGACAGGAAAGCCCGUCUACGUUGGCAAUUCUAUCAGCUUCGCAAGUGCAGGAAUGGGCGGGACUGUGGAGGAGGAGAUGGAAGGUUUCAAGAAGGUGGUGGAAAUUGUCAUGGAACAAGUGCGAAAGGCCGAAGGUGAAGUGAUUGCGAAUGGUACCAAUGGCACUUAAAUCGAAGCCGUCAACACCUUCAAUACUCCUCAAACGGAGAUAAAGCUCCAGCUACUACACACAUUAUUCUAGUUCGUACGAGGAAGAGCGAACGAUACCGAGAAUCGGGUUCUUGCAAAGCAAGCUACAACUUGAUAGUUGUGCACCCUACUGUUGUACACAUGCCCGGUAUAGAAAUGACUACUGAACUAUUCAAGCGAUUUCAAGAAUGGUAUUACCCAGAAUCAAAGGUUUAUAGGCUAAGGUCUUCAUCGAAGUUUGUAUCAUGAUCAAUUUGGUGGGACAGCAAUAAUCGUCAGAUGUACGACCUGACAAAGAACAGGACCAAAUCCUUGGGAUCUUACUUGCACAUCAUUAUCACUUCGUCAUGCAACAAUAACAGCACUAGGAACUCAUCAAAGUCCAAUUCCAAUAUGUUCUUGUAUUGUUCUGAAGACUUACAAUGGCUCACGACUCACUCCGCCAAUAUUUCAAUGUCUAUCAAAUAUUUCAUUGUGUACAACCGUCAAUCUUGUCUAGAAUUCGCCGAAGUCUCAAUAAUGUCAUGCGCACUUUCUGCAUGCAAGAAUUUCCAGGCCACUUUCAAUUCAGAAUCUAUUUUAGAUCUCCUGAAGAAGAUAAGGCUAUCCUCUUUCAUUUCUAUCUUUGACACAAAAGUAGUAUCACUUUCCGCCACACUAAGACCCGAACUUCGGAGGGGAUUGGGAAUGAGUUGGCUUCAUGACAUAGGGCUGGAGCUACAAUGAUCAAUCAUCGGAUAAGUAUGUAUAUGUAUGAACUGUCCCGGCUGCAGGUCUACAGAUGUGGCUUGUUGUUGGCUCCUCACAAUAAGUCUAUCUGAAUAUGAAGCAUUGUGCGGUACGCCAACCCAUUGAACGCAAAUCCUUUACUGAAUGAAUAGUACUAGAUAUUUGCAAUUUAAAUUUAUUCGUGAAUAUGAUAUUCUUUAGGCUGGGGCCUUGAGUUCUGUAGUUACACGGUGUCUUGGAAAGAAUCUUUCUUCGUUUUAGUGAUAAAUUGCAUGAACAAAUAG